AUGGCGAGUGUAGGUGCAUUAAGAGCAAUUCUGGCGUUGAGGAUACUGAGUCUGCUAACCCUAGCUGCCUCAGCUCUGCUCAUGGCUCUCAACAAUAUCAAUGUUGAUGGUGAAAAGAUUAAGUUCACUGAUCUCAUUGCUUACAGGUAUGUGUUUGCUGUCGGCGCCAUAGGAUUUUUGUACAACCUAAUCCAACUCCCAUUUGCAAUGUACAAUGUGGUGCAAAAGAAGAGGAUGAUACGCAACGGAUGCCUCCCCGAAUUCGACUACUUCGGAGAUAAGGUGAUGGCGUUGUUAUUAGCAAGUGGAGUAGGAGUCGGAUUUGGAGUCACAUUCGAGCUUAAACGAACCUUCGACGACGCAUUUAGCAGUGAGGUGAAGAAAUAUCUAGACCGGGGUAAUAUUUCGACCGGGAUUCUGCUGGCCGGAACCGUUUUCAUGGCUCUCCUUCUGGCUUACUCCUCCACCCGUCGUUCAGCCACAACGGGGCUCUUCAAAUAA